GCAGUGGGCGCGGCGGCCCUAGCGACGCAGUUACUAGGGAGCGGCGAGCCGAGACGGCUAUAUGGACGCGACUACCGCCCCGCACCGUAUCCCCCCCGAGAUGCCCCAGUACGGGGAGGAGAACCACAUCUUCGAGUUGAUGCAGAACAUGCUGGAGCAACUCCUGAUCCACCAGCCCGAGGAUCCCAUCCCCUUCAUGAUCCAGCACUUGCAUAGAGACAACGACAAUGUGCCCAGGAUUAUAAUAUUAGGUCCACCUGCCUCGGGGAAAACAACGAUAGCAAUGUGGCUCUGCAAACAUCUGAACAGCAGUCUCCUCACUGUGGAGAACCUGAUCUUAAACGAGUUUUCCUAUACGGCCACCGAAGCCAGAAGGCUUUAUCUGCAAAGGAAGACAGUUCCCAGCGCGCUGCUUGUCCAGCUGAUUCAGGAACGCCUGGCUGAAGAGGAUUGCAUCAAGCGGGGCUGGAUUCUGGAUGGCAUCCCCGAGACGCGUGAGCAGGCUCUGAGGAUCCAGACCCUGGGGAUCGCCCCCAGACACGUCAUCAUGCUGAGUGCUCCAGACAUGGUCCUGAUCGAGAGAAACUUGGGGAAGAGAAUCGACCCUCAAACUGGAGAGAUUUAUCACACCACCUUUGACUGGCCACCCGAAUCUGAAAUCCAGAACCGUCUCAUGGCGCCAGAGGACAUCUCAGAGCUGGAGACGGCUCAGAAACUGCUGGAGUAUCAUAGGAACAUCGUCAGGGUCAUUCCCUCCUACCCCAAAAUCCUCAAAGUCAUCAGUGCUGACCAGCCAUGUGUGGACGUCUUCUACCAGGCUCUGACCUAUGUCCAAAGCAACCAUCGUACUAAUGCCCCGUUCACCCCGAGGGUGCUGCUGCUCGGGCCUGUGGGCAGUGGGAAAAGUCUGCAGGCCGCCCUCCUGGCCCAGAAAUACAGGCUUGUCAACGUCUGCUGUGGGCAACUGCUGAAAGAGGCUGUGGCAGACAGGACCACGUUUGGCGAGCGCAUUCAGCCCUUCUUUGAAAAGGAGAUGGCAGUUCCUGACAGCCUCCUCAUGAAGGUGCUGAGCCAGCGCCUGGACCAGCAGGACUGCAUCCAGAAAGGCUGGGUGCUGCACGGCGUCCCGCGGGACCUGGACCAGGCACACCUGCUGAACAGCCUGGGCUACAAUCCCAACAGGGUGUUUUUCCUGAAUGUGCCAUUUGAUUCCAUCAUGGAGCGGCUGACUCUGAGAAGAAUUGAUCCAGUCACUGGGGAAAGGUACCACCUCAUGUACAAGCCACCUCCCACCAUGGAGAUCCAGGCUCGCCUCCUGCAGAACCCGAAGGAUGCUGAAGAGCAGGUCAAGCUGAAAAUGGACCUGUUCUACAGGAACUCGGCUGACUUGGAGCAGUUGUAUGGGUCGGCCAUCACCCUCAAUGGGGACCAGGACCCAUACACAGUCUUCGAAUACAUCGAGAGCGGGAUCAUUAAUCCCCUGCCCAAGAAAAUCCCCUGAUGGGUUCACAGCCAGGAGUGCCACCCCAGGGAAAGAGUUAAUCCCCUGUCCCCAGCCCCCCAGCCUUGGCACAGCUCCCCUAAAAAGCCAAUAAAGCCUGCUGGAUACAGUCUUGUGCAUCCUGAAGGUGAGGUGGCUGGAAGCUGGCCUCAUGUAGGGGUCUGGGGACACAGGACAGGUGAAGCCCACAGUGGUGAUAAAGUGGAGUGCAGGCCGGGUCUCUGGAGCCGGACCUGGGACAAGUAGUGGCUCCAGCACCAAUGCAUGGUGUGUCCUUGGAGUCCCACCCCACAGAGCCUCUCUUCUCACAACCAACUUGAGGCUAAAAACCAUAGCGGCCUCACAGGGUUGCUGUGGGAUAAGGAGUGGUGAUGCCGAUAAAGAUCUUAGCACAGUGCCUGGCUCUGGAAGCACUCAACAAACGCAGCUUUUAAAACACUCACCUUGGCUGGGCGCAGUGGCUCAUGCCUAUAAUCCCAGCACUUUGGGAGGCCAAGGCGGGUGGAUCACAAGGUCAGGAGUUUGAGACCAGCCUGGCCAAUAUGGUGCAACCCCGUCUCUCCUAAAAAUACAAAAAUUAGUUGGGCGUGAUGGUUCAAGCCUGUAGUCCCAGUUAGGAGGUUGAGGCAGGAGAAUCGCUUGAACGCGGGAGGCGGGGGUUGCAGCGAGCCAAGAUUGCACCACUGCACUCCAGCCUGGGUGACAGAGCGAGACUC